AUGGGACGACGCCGUCGAUGUCAACUACCGCGACACAAGGUCGAGGCCGGAGGAUACUUCGAUGGGACCGACACACUGGCUAGACGUAAGGCUUGCUUUGUUGGCGCAGCGAAAGCUGCUUGCUCUGCACGACGCUUACUGGUAGCCGCAAGAAGUUCGCCGCUUGCUGCUAGUUUCUUUGUUCCGCUCGUUUCUUGUUGUUCGGUCGUUGGAGCGCACAUCGAGUACAUUAAGGAGUCCCCAAAGAAUUCUCACAAUUUCCCAAGGAGUCCUCGCGUUACAAAUAGCCAAGUCCGUUUCUCGGACGACCCUUUGGAGUCUGACGAUAUGUCGAAUUUAAAUGACGACUCAGCGAACCUCUUACCACUCAGUUACACCCACCUACUAAUCUCACCCGUCAAAUUGGAUAAAUGCUCGAAAUUGAUGAACCCGUUUGGUAAACAUAAAAUCCGGCAUGAAGAUCAAAUGACUCACAUCCAACUACUGAUCACGCACAACUCUUCUCCACUUUCGUCUUCGAGCACCAAAGAGAAAGCACUGUUAUCGGAUUUAAUGUAUACUGGCAUUUCAAGAACCAGAAUCCUGUUUCUUAAGCUGCAUUAA